AUGACUUUUGUGAUUCUCUCGAUCUUCCUCAAAGUUGUGGCCCCAUAUGAAUACGAACCCAUUGACCUCGAACGCCCUUCCUUCCGGCUACUCCAUCGCGGGGAGCGUUCCGACAAGAUCAAAUGCGAGCUCACACAAGAAUCUUUUGACAGCGACAACUGGUGCCCCUACGAGGCGCUCUCAUACGAAUGCCAUGCAACAGAAUUGACGGAUCAUAUUACUGUGAACGGAGAGAGACUACCGGUGAACGGAAGUGUCUUUUAUGCCCUGCAGCAUCUACGGCUGUCUGAUCAGGAAAGAAUACUUUGGGGUGAUGCUGUAUGCAUCAACCAGAGUAACAUGGCGGAGAGAAAGCACCAGGUCCAACAAAUGGGGCACAUAUAUGCCAGAGCGGAGCAAGUAAUCAUUUGGUUGGGAGGAUCAGGCUACGCGGAGAAUGUGCUUAUGGAUUCGAUUAAGUACCUAGAAAGGGAGUGUCGACGGCAUGCAUACAAGGACUGGAAGCCCACGGAUGAACACUGGGCCAACAUAUGGUCUUCAGGAAAAGAGGCCCUACGCUAUCGUUAUCCUGGAAUUAAAGAAACUCAAGAAAGUGGGAUGCGGUUGGCAGUGGGAAAUUCGUGGUUUAAAAGAGUCUGGACCUUGCAGGAAGUCGCAAAUACAUGA